CAGAAGAAGGCGCGGAAGUACGCGGUGAUGAAGCGCAUGAUCAGCCUCCGCGACGAGCGCAUCAACGCCAAGGACCGCGCCAAGGGGCCCGUGAAGAAGAAGAAGGAGGAUCCCAGCGCCAUCAAGGAGCGGGAGGUCCCCCAGCAUCCGUCGUGCUUGUUCUUCCAGUACAACACGCAGCUGGGCCCUCCCUAUCACAUCCUGGUUGACACCAACUUCAUCAACUUCUCCAUCAAAGCCAAGCUGGACCUGGUGCAGUCCAUGAUGGACUGUCUCUACGCCAAGUGUAUUCCCUGCAUUACGGAUUGUGUAAUGGCUGAGAUUGAGAAGCUGGGGCAGAGGUAUCGUGUGGCAUUAAGAAUUGCCAAAGACCCUCGAUUUGAGCGCCUGCCGUGUACGCACAAAGGGACCUAUGCAGAUGACUGCUUGGUACAAAGGGUCACUCAGCACAAAUGUUACAUAGUGGCCACAGUGGAUAAGGAGCUCAAGCGCAGGAUACGCAAAAUCCCAGGAGUGCCCAUAAUGUAUAUUUCCAGGCACAGGUACAAUAUUGAGAGGAUGCCAGAUGAUUAUGGAGCUCCUCGAUUCUAGCAAGCCAUCGAUGCCARCAUAAGGAUCCUUCCAUUUCCACCUCUCAUGAGAUAUAUAUAUAUAUAUAUAUUUUCUGGGACUUUGUUCCUAUGAUUAUGAGUGACACUGGGCUGAUUUCAUAGCCUUGAUCUUCUAAUAAACAGCCACUUGGAAGCCUCUGUUUUUAUUCAAGCUUUUUUCUGACUGUACCUACAGACCUGCAUCUGGGAGAAAGGGGCUGCAGGGCAAAGAGCAUGCCUGAAUCCCUCUUCAUGUUGGGGUCACUGGAAGAAAAAGAAGUCCUCUCAGCAUCUUGAAUUAAGUAUUGGCAAUGGUUGAACUGCAGUUGAGUAUGGAAUCACAAGUUUUGAACCUGCAGCAAGACAAGUAUUGCUCCCACAGGCAACCUGGAAUCUGGGUUCUGGAGAUAAACAGUCAAGUCUGCACCAGUUGGUAUCCUUCUCCUGGAUCAYUGGGCUGAAAGAUUUUACUUGGAAUUGGUGGUUUCUUAUUCAGCUGUAGCUCAGUACAGUGAGUGUAACUUGGUUAGUGUGUCCUGGUUGGAUUCUUGAAACUCAGUGCAUCACUGUGUUAUCUAAUAAAGUUUUCUCUUGUUUUUGUAAGUUCUUCCUACAACCAUAAUGUGUCUCUGUACCUUAAAUACAAGGCRUGUUGCUAAGGUAGCAUCAUCUCACAGGGUAU